AUGACUUUCCGACUGAAAAAAAUUGAGUGGAGAGAGUUAGGGAUUGGCCGAGAGGCAUUGCGCCAGGCUGCAGCGCCAGCAACGAAGAGUGUCGACUUGGACGAACCUCUGCCAGAGGCGACCAUGAAGUCUCUCAACCAGGAUUGGGCUCGCCGGUACAAUUUGCAGCUGGAUCCGUCUUUGGAGCCCUGUGAGGCCCUCCGGUCCCGGCUGUACCGAGAGUUUAGGAAAGGCCAGCUCACGGUCAUUGAGGCUCGCAAAGUCAAGAGCAUUAUCACAGUGGCCCAGCCCAAGACCCAAGGGUCGGUUACUUUGGGAGACAACCUCCACUUGGAAUUUGAGAAGGAGGAGGGUAUCCCGAUCAAGAGCUGUGUGGAAUAUUACCUGCAGAUGCGGGUGCUUGCUCAUGCUUUGGCAUGGGCGGGCAACUACCAGGUGGAUUAUGAAGGCGGGCGAUACUGGAUGAUGGACCUUUCCACCGUGCUGGGCUAUGUGGAUGUCGCCUUGCGUAAUUGUAUCGAAUUCGCAGGUGGAUCCAUGUUGUGGCUGCAACGAAACGACGUGUUGACGCGGGGCAAGCUGGCGACCUACGUCAACAGAGGCAUGCCAGGUUCUGUGGCCAUGAAACAGGCCUUGCACGAGACGCACUUGGAGUGGCGGUCUCCCUUGGCUGCCCCGCUGGUGGUGUCCUCUGGGUCUGGGUCCCCAGGGACCACCAAGCGGAAGCAAGAGAGCAGCCCUCUGCCUGGGGGCGAGGCACCGACCAAGCGGCCGCGCACCUUGAAGGCAGAUCGGUGGGCCACAGUGAGCAUGAUCAAGGGCGGCAAGCGAUUGUGCAAGCCGUACAACGACGGCAGGGGGUGCAGCAACUCGCAGUGUGAUCAGAUGCAUGCCUGCGAUGUGAAACUGCCCAACGGAAAGCCCUGCUUGAGUCGGGCCCACACCAGGGUGGCGGAGCAGAUCAUGCCGCAGGUGGUAGCUGUGGACGCAGUGGAAACUGUGACAGGGGCCAUGUUCCGUCCGUUUCUGCAACGUCGACAAGUCAGAGGCAUCAUUUUAGGCGGAGGUUCCCCCUGCCAGGGCAACUCUAUUUUGAACACUGGCCGAAAAGGUUUGGCUGAUACCCGAAGUCAACAACCUCAAGAGUUGGUACGCAUCCGCCAGGAGUUGCAAGACCUUCCAGAAUGUGCAACCCUGGAGAUCGUCACGUUUUUGGAGAACGUGGCCUCUAUGCCCCGCGAAGUCAUGGACCAGUAUACAGCAUGGAUGGGCUUCCCACCUAUCCUCAUUGAUGCGGGUGCUUGCGGAUGGGUGCAACGGCGUCGGCUGCUGUGGUUAGGCCAGGGUCGCUGCGGGGUGUCACCUCGUUGCACCCCCCCUGACGGCUGGGUAUGGGUCGAGUCUGGGACCGAUCCCCCCGAGCUGCGCUGGGAGGGACCCAAGCCAAUCCCGGCCAAGGUUCAUUUUGAUCAGAGUUUUGGCCCCCUUUUUGAUGCUGCGGAAGUAGUUAAGGCUGCGGGACAAGGUGCUAUGCAUCCGUUCACCAGGGAGUUUUGGCACCCCUGUGAUCGGGUCAAGCUGGUUCCGCCAGAGGCGGCUGCUAGAUUCUAUCAAGAUGAGAGGCGGUUCCCCCCGUCGGCCUAUACAGCAGAGAGUUUGCUUUGGCGCAGGGAUGAGUGGCGUCAGCCGGGGCCUGAGGAGCGCGCCCAGAUGAUGGGGUUUCCUGCGCAGUGCCUUCAGGCCGCCCAGGGACCAGCGGCGGUGCGUCGCCAACGCCAAAACAGUAUGCUUGGCAACGGUUUCCACCUACCGAUGAUUGUGGCACUUUUCUGCUUGCUGCCAGGUGUGUUGAGUAUGAAGGUCCCGCGACCGGUGUUUGACCUCGCGGAGCGCAAAUUGCAGGAGCGUUUGGCGGGCACGGUAUGGGAACCAGGCCGCUUGCAGGUGUUCCCUGGUUUGCUUUCUAGCGACCAGGUGGUGCAAUCCAUGCAGCGGACAGUAUUCGGAUCCUUGCCAAUCUCUGCAAAUGUGUGGCAGUUGACCGCCACCCGGUUGGCUCCCUUGCCAGUGUGGCACCUGCAAGCCUUUACUGCGUGGGCAGUCGGCCGAGGAUUGACCGGGCAACGCUACCCGGGCAAUUCUCGGAAGGGCUUGGACCAUUUGCUGCCGCCAGGCGUAGGCAAGGAGGAGCAUAUCAAACAGGUAUUUCGACAGGUCUGCACAGCGCUGCUACCGUUGGAUGAGGAGUUGCGCAAAUUCAUGGUGCACAGUGCAGUGAAAGUGGCCGCUGAAAAAAGGCCCGCCGUUUUGGCGUUUUUGACUGUGAUCCUGCGAUGGCCCGACUUGCAGCAACCUUUGCAGAUGUUGCAGGGCUAUCCUAUUGUCGGGGCACUGGAGCCUAGUGGAGUCUUCCGAUCCAUUCCUGCUCGUGAAGCCUUGCCAAAAGAGGAAUGGUUGGGGGAUGCAGCUGUGGCAGCUGUGGAGAGGAUUGAGAGCUCUCGCCCUCCGCGGUUUGCCGAGCGCAUCUAUGCUGCCACAGUUCUUGAGCAACAAAAGCAAUUUUGCUCGCCUUUCCUUACCAAGCGCUGCAUGGAUGAGCGUUUUGGCAAAGGACAGUGGCGACCGCUGCAACGUUUCUUGAUUGUGCAGCCGGAUGGAAAGGAAAGAGUCAUUGACAAUGCACGUAAGACUCUCCACAAUAGUUCGACGGCGAUGAUGGAAACGAUUUACACAGUGCACUUGGACUUCAUCCCGGCCGUUAUCAAGCAACUGGCGCACCGGCUUCAGGUGACUAGUCCAGGGGAUUGGAGUGUCUUCCACCCCUGGGCGCAUUUCCGCCUGGGUACGGAUGAUCUGCCGGAUGCAUAUCGUGGUCUGCCCGUGUGUCCAGAACAUUUGCCAUACUCUGCUGUGGCAGUCUGGGUACCCCAGCAGGGAUGGCGUUACACUAUCUUGUGGGGGCUGGCCUUUGGACUCGAAAGUGCUGUAGUCUCAUUCAACCGACUGCCUCAGCUUGGCAUUGCCGCUACCAGAAGAUGCCUCUAUGGUCUUGCAGCAGCCUAUUUUGAUGAUGAGUUGGCCGUUGAAGUGGUGGCAGCAGCUGACAUUUCACAACAAGCCUUGCGGCUCUUGUUUACUAGUAUUGGCGCUCCGCCCCAGAAGGCCAAGGGAUUUGCUCCGUCACCAGAUCGCCACUACCUGGGAGCCGCGAUUCACUUGGGCUCCGUGAUGACAACGGGUUGUGUCCGUAUCCAGCCAAAAUUCGCGACGGUGGCCAAAGUUGCCGGUCGUCUCCGAGUGGCCAUUGCCAACCGUUGUCUUACCAAAGAGGAAGCUGGCAAGCUCCGGGGCGACAUCACUUGGAUGUUUUCUUUGGCGGCGGGUCAUAUGGGCCGUAUCGCCCAACCUGUUCUGGCCAAGUGCAGCAGUGAUGGCCCGACACCAAUGGAUGAUGAAGAUGUUGUUACCUUGCAGGUGCUGCUACGCAUUGUCCUGGACUGUCAGCCUCGCGACGUCCAGGUGUGCGGUGUGGAUAAGGUGCCUUUGGUUAUCUACUCAGAUGCCUCUUUUGAGCAGGGAGUCCUACGCCUGGGGUGGGUAGUGAUGUGUCCGGGUACCUCCUACCAACCUCAGGGGGGGACCUGUGAGGUGCCACCAGAGGUCAUAGAUAGCUGGGUGCCUCGUCGCCAGCAGAUUUACCCAGGCGAGGCCAUUGUGGCCCUGGUCAUUCCGGCUCUCUUGCCUGACCUACUACGAGGCCAGGAUCUCCUGUGGUUCGUCGACAAUGAGAGCGCGACCAGCACUUUGAUCCGCUGUGUCUCAUCUCAGUGUGAUGUCCACGAGAUAGCACAGUUCUCGCACUAUCUGCUGAACAGUUUGGACGCCCGGGCGUGGUUUGAAUGGAUUGACUCCGAGUCUAAUCCUAGUGAUGGGCUGAGCAGAUUAGGAUUAGCAGAUGAGUGGACACAAGCCCAGGGCUGGUCCCUCACCUCUUACACUUUUCCUCCUGGCCUCAGCCGCGGAGAAUUUCUUCAGUCCCUUCAGGUUAGCGUGGUUUAG